AUGGCCACCCCUACAGCUACUCCCACACCGUCCCACACUCCUCAUUCAUCACCCUCCAUCCCUCAAGCAUUCACACAACGACGGACUUCAAUUCGACAACCAGCAAGACCGUCUACUGCUCCUUACCUCACUCAUGCUCCCAUACUCGGGGCAACACCCUUGAGCCAACUCAGGCCACGAUCAAGUCAACAGCUGAGGAAGAGCACAUCCUCAAUACACCCAGUACACCCAAUGCAACCCAUCACACCCCCAUUCCCUACCCCGAACCCAAACCAACAACAAGGAGAAUCAUUCCCCCUCUCUCCCAUCUCCCCACAGCCCAUCUCCCGCUGGAGAGCAAGUCUCGCCCAUCUCCGAGCAGCAAUCUCCAACCCCGCACCGGAAGACCCGGGCUUGUACUCGAGCGCAGACUCACUCCCAUCCCGAUGGGAAGAUGCGGAUGACGCUCUCUUUUUAUCUGCCUUGACACAUAAUGGGGUCGGGGCGGGAUUGCCAGGGCAGAGGGAGGCGGACGCUUUGGCAGAAGCGGAGCGAGGGGGUGGGGAGGAAGGGGAAGGGUGCCCGUACACAGGGAGAUGGAGAGGCAAGGUCUACCAGAGCAGCACAGACAGCGUAGACGAAAUCGUUGUCGACGGGUUCCUCUCCCGCCCGCACCCACGCCCGCACGCGCAUGCUCUCCCCCAAUCGCAAUCCGAGUCCUCCGAACCCGAACCCCUCUUCUACCCUCCCUCGCUACGCGAACCCCCCUCCCGUGCGCCGCCCAACUCCUUCCCUGCUCUGGUAUGGUAUAUCCUCGGCCUGGGGGGUGGGGUAGGGUGGUGCAGACGCAGAGUUUGGCCCGCUGUGGGACGGUUUUUCGACUUGAGCUUCUGGAGCGAUGCACAGGAGGAGUCUUACAGGCGUGAUUGGUGGUACACCUCUAAACAACUCGCAUUCACAGCCUCCCUCUUCUAUAUCCUCAAUACCAUCCUCGCGAUCUCUCUUAUCCCGCGUCCCCUCAACCUGUACAACAAGAUCACCUAUUUCGGGAUCGCGCCCCUCGUCACCGUGCCCAUCACGAUGAUGGUCCUGUUCAACGCGCCCCGUUUCCGAUGGAGACAUAAUUGGCAGAUCGUCUACCAGCCAGUGUUAUGCAUGGCCACUUGGUGCUGGGCGUGGUUUAGCAUUUGGGAUAUGUGGGCGUGUGGGUAUUAUCAGACGGUGGAUCAUCCGAUGUGUGGGAAUAAGGACUUCUUGUCGACAUUUUAUUUCGCCACAGCCCUCCCCGUCCUUGCCCUCUUCGCGCUCGGCCAGCACAGACUCUACGCUUCCCUAGGCGCGAUCGCCUACUUUGUACUUAUGUGUGUGCUUAUACUGCCGGAUCGGUCCAGUUGGGUCAGGAACGUACUCAACUUCAUCGUCUUCCAAGCCUUCCUCAUCUACGUCCACUACAUGCGCGAACAAGCCGAACGACGGAUAUUCAUCCUCCGCGAGCAGCUCAAAGCGCAAUUCAAAGUUACGGAAAAAGCGCAGGAUCUUGAGCGUCGUGCCAGCGAUAGCAAGAAGCGUUUUGUAUCUUAUAUAUUUCAUGAGGUGCGCGUCCCACUCAAUACUGCCCUCUUGGCGGUGCAGAACUUGGCGCCGGACGUGUUGAGCUGGAGGGGGAAGGAUGAUAUUGAGUUUGGCGCGCUGGAGGGGAGUCUGAAUAUGAUGUCCAAAGUGCUAAACGACGUGCUCGACUUCAACCGCAUGGAUUCGGGCAGGUUUGAAUCCACCUCCUCUCCCUUCUGCUUCCAUAACGUCAUACGCACCAUGCUUAUCCCGCUCGAGCUAGCAGCCCAGGCUCGCGGGCUGAGCGUCACCACCCAGCUGGACACGGCGAUCGAUUCCGAGGCGAAUAGGGCCGCGGCGGCCGAGUGCGAGUCGGGGGCCGACGCACUCCCUGUGCAGGGGGAAGGCUGGGUCUUGGGGGACGAGAUGCGCCUUCGGCAGCUGGUGACGAACCUUACGAGCAACGCCUGCAAGUUCACCCCUUCCGGCGGGCGGGUGUGUGUGCGUACGACCCUGAUCAAGCGCUGGGAAGGGCCUUGUGCGAGCGAGGAUGGGAAGCCGAGGAACAGUUCUGCUUCUGAGUUGAGCGAUCCUGGCGGAGAGAGCGGGAGCGACCAGAGUCCUUGUAGGUGGAGAGGACGCCCUGCUGGUAGAGAUAGUAUUGUCGUUAGGAUCGAGGUGGAGGAUACGGGCGUCGGGAUCCGGCCUAGGGACAUAAUGGCCAACCAGCUAUUUAGCCCGUACGUCCAGACGGAGAUCGGCAGAUAUCAAGGUGGGAAAGGCACGGGCCUCGGACUUGCUCUCGUUAGGCAUAUCGUCAAGCUCUCUGGGGGUAGGCUGGGCGUGCGCAGUAAAGUCGGAAAGGGGAGUACGUUCUGGGUCGAGCUCGCCCUUGGGGUGGGGAAGGAAGCUGUGGCCCCGGUUACGGAAAGGCAGCGGCUUGUGAGUGAGGACCUGCCCUUGGCUCCGUCUGCAUCUGGGUUCGAGGAGGAGGUCCCUCCCCCGUUACUGAUGAAUGGGACGGGAGGGACAGGGACGAUGUUCACUGCCAUGUCUAAUGUGGGGGGGAUGAGGAUCCCUCUUCCCCAGACGGGGGUGAUCGACGCUCGCGCUGUGGAGGGGGCGACGCCUAGUACGCAAGCGAGCACUGGGUCUAAGGGGUACCUCGACACCCCCCUGAGCGACGACUCGGCGAUGAAGACUAUCCUGGAACAUGACGGUAUGGUUGAGCUCACAUCUCGCCGCCUGGCUCCUGCGCCUGUGCCUGCUUCUUCCCCAACCGGGACGGUGCGAUCCGACCCCUCCCCCAACCUGGCAGAAACGCUCUCCACCCAGUCCUUCGCUCCCCUCCUACCGCCUGUUCCGCCGGAGGAGACAACGGCAAAGUACUCCCCGAACAGGGGUGUGUUGGCUGCUGCCCUCCUCCCUACACCGAGGGACUCGCCGACCGACGUGCCCGCCACUAACCCCGUGCGUGCCCCUGCUCCUUCCCCGGCUCCGGCUGUGCCUGCAGAGGAACCCCUGCCCGUCCUCGUCGUCGAUGAUGAUAACCUCACGCGUCGGCUCAUGGCACGCAUGCUCUCCCGCAUGGGGUGUACCGCCGACACAGCGGAAGACGGUUCCGUAGCGCUCAAGAUGUUGCUAGGGGAGACGGCGGCAGCGCGGGCGCUAAGCUCCGACCCGUUCUACGCUGGCGCUGUUAUCCCCCCUCUCUCCAACGGCCAGAACCAGGACGAGCCAACAGACGAGCAUAAAUACGGCAUCGUCUUCCUUGACAACCAGAUGCCGUUCUAUUCUGGCGUGCAGGUAGUGUACAAGCUUCGCGAGCUUGGAAGGCACACGUUCGUCGUUGGCGUGACGGGGAAUGCGCUUGCUGAGGAUCAGCAGGAGUAUCUAGACGCUGGGGUUGACCGCGUGCUUACAAAGCCAGUAAUGGAAAAAGACCUUCGGGCAAUGGUGACGCUUGCGCGCAGUGUGAGAAAAAAGAAACGUGCCAUCCCUCCCCCGGCUGCGCUACUUACUCCUCUACCACCAUCAAAAUCAUCCGCAACGUCACGAAGUGACUUGACGGCACGACCAUAG